AUGGGCGCCCUGGCCCUGGCCCUGGGGAUUUUCCACUACCUGGGGCUCUACCUGCAGCUCGGCGCCGCCUCCCGGCACCCCCCGUGGGACGCCCCGGCGGCGGGCAGCGCCCUCUUCACCGAGACCCCCCACGACAUGACAGCCCAGGCGGGCGAGGACGUGGAGAUGGCGUGCUCCUUCCGAGGCAGCGGCUCCCCCUCCUACUCCCUUGAGAUACAGUGGUGGUAUGUCCGCAACCACAAGGACUGGACGGACAAACAGACGUGGGCUUCCAACCAGCUGAAAGCAUCGCCUCAGGAGGAGCCUGGGAAGGAUGCGACAAAAAUAAGCGUGGUGAAGGUGGUCGGCAGCAACAUCUCCCACAAGCUGCGGCUGUCGCGGGUGAAGCCGGAGGACGAGGGGACGUACGAGUGCCGGGUGAUCGACUCCAGCGAUGGCAAGGCACGGCACCACAAGGUGAAGGCAUACCUGCGGGUGGAGGCGGCGGGGGGCGUGGGGCACCCCCAGGACACCCAGCUGCGGGGCGCCCCGCUGCCGGACCCCGCCGUGCCGGCCUCAGCCCACGCGCACCACCACCACCACCACCACAAAGCCGGGAAGGAGCUGAAGAAGCGCUCGGCAGACGUCUCCUGCGUGCUGUAG